AUGAAUUAUACAUCGUUGGGAAAACUAGCAACCAGUAUUGGCAUCUACUGUUAAAUUGACUUGAUAUCUUGUCAAUUUAUCCCUUGUCCCGUCUUUAUAUUCUAGCAAACUGCAAGCAUUUGUGGCUUAAGCGGGAAUGUUUUAACAAUCACGAGCAUUAAAAGCAAAGUUUGUAGGGCAAGUAUCGUUGACACUACUGUAGCAGCGAUUAUCGCCUGGGCAAUAAAGAUACACAUUCUCAAAAUCCUCGUCCAUUAAGCAACCCCAACAGCGAUUAUCAUAUUUAGGAACAUAUUCUGCCAAUAUAAUUCCUGCUAUAAGAACCAACAGCAGAUAUAUGCUGAGCUUUUAUGA